ACUGAUCUCGUGACAGUGAUCUGGUUGAGUGAUCACUGUGAUGAUAAUGAGGAUAUAGAUGAGGGCGGUCAUCAGAACUCCCUCGACAACUGUCGCUACGUUGCCAAUAGCAACCAGGAAGUUUCAGACGGUUCUGUUGGACCCUCGGGGACCACUCAGUCUGACCCUCUGUGGGUGGUUCGAGGACACGGAACCGAACUGCUACAGACUGCAAACUCUGACCCUGGCAUCGCCUUGGGUUUUGAUGAGUUCCGUGCGGUAGACUUCAGUGGGACAUUCUACGUGAACACAGACCGUGAUGAUGACUAUGUAGGGUUUGUGUUCUCCUUCCAGUCCAGCAGACGGUUCUACGUUGUCAUGUGGAAACAGGUCAGCCAGGCUUACUGGGAGAAGAGUCCUUCCAGGGCAUUUGGGAACGCUGGUGUCUCUCUCAAAGUGGUCAACUCAAGCUCAGGCCCUGGAGAGGCCCUCCGCAACGCCCUGUGGCACACAGGAAACACCAUACAGCAGGUACACACAGGAAACACCAUACAGCAG